AUGAUGGACGUGUUGCCCUUGGUGCAUCUGAUACAUCGGAAGCUGAUGCACUUGAAUCCUCAGACCCCACAGAACAGACGGUACCAAACAUACAAGAAGCUCCUAGUAUGGUGCCCUUCAGUGCGAAAGCUCGUACAAUCCUCGGCCGACAGCUUUGAACUGGCCGAAUUAUAUAGCAAGCUUAAUCGUGGUGCUGAUGCCGCAAGAGCAGAUGACACUACGAGCCUCAAGUUUAUCAUCGCUGUGUGGUUGAUGCAGAUGGUACCGACUCCAAAACCCUCCAUUCAGUGUCGAGACAAAUCUGGUCGGUGCAACUUGUUAAUUAUAUACAGUGUCCGAGAGGCCAUUCGCUCUUACCAUCCUGACUAUCGUGUAACGUCAUACUCUUGGCCAUCAUUUCUAUACAAGGAUGGACAAUACGACGCAAUCAAUCCUACAAAAGGAUUCCUCAAAGGUGAACUCCUUCUGAAGGCGGUCAAACAUAUAUUUACAUCUCCUACUUCAGCGGAAGAAGACCCAGAAACGUCACAACCUGACACUAGCGCCGAGACACCUUCACAAGUCCAUCUUCCUAAACGUCAGAGGACUGCAGGAGAGAGGCGCACACGGUGUGAUGUUGCAGGCCUCCUGCAAAUGAAAUCGAUGCAGCCUAGAGCUCUUGCAUAUGCGGCCGUUCAGCUACGUUUUGCAUUGUCCAGUGCAGGCGCAUGGCGGAUUAUUGAUGAUGACUUCGACCACAAUGAAUUCUAUCACAACAUUGUCGAUUAUUUCGAACUUCCUUCUUCACCGGAUGCAGCACAAGAUGUAGAAAACCUCUUGUUAUGGUGGAACCGCCAAGUGUUUGGCCGCAGGAAUGUGUCGCAUUACCGACCUCAGAAGACCAGCACAAUGUCAGUUGCCAUGACUGCUCGACGUGCCUAA